AUGCGGAUAUUGAUAACAUUGACAUUUCUCUUUACCCUUUCUCUGGCCGAUGAUCGACAAUGGAUAACCGAAGAGGGAAUUCAAAUUGAGAUCAUUAAAAAGAUUGGAGAAAGUAAAUGCAAAUUGAAAUCCGAGCACGGGGACACGUUGGAGCAAUUCUUCAAGCUCACUGAUAAAACGGGCAAAGUUGUCGGAAGCAAUUUUGGGAAGAAGCCUUUCGAGUUCACAUUGGGUCGGGGUGAAGUGAUUCCAGGAAUGGAGAUUGCAAUGGAGGGAAUGUGUGUCGGAGAGCAGAGAAAGGUGGUGAUCCCACCUGAACACGCUUUCGGUGAUGAGGGACGAACUGACGAUGGAAUUAAGAGUGGCGAUUCGUUGUACUAUUUCGUUGAGUUGAAGUCGAUUUUUCGACCAAACCCUGGUGAUGCUUGGUAUGAUGAGGAUGGAAUGAGAAUUGAGGUGUCUCAUCAAAUCCCUGACGAGGAAUGCAUUCGAUCUGAAGUCGGUGACACAAUCCAUCAACAUUAUGUGCUUCAUCUCGAAGAUGGAACUUUUAUUGAUUCAUCAAUUUCUCGGGGAAAACCAUUCAUCUUUACUUUAGGGAAAGGAAUGGUGAUUAAAGGUAUGGAGAAAGCGAUGACAGGAAUGUGUCAAGGGGAAAGAAGGAAACUCAUCAUUCCACCAGAUCUUGGCUACGGUGAAGCAGGACGACCACCAGCAAUUCCCGGAAAUGCUAAUCUCCACUUUGCGAUUAUUCUUCAAAAAUUGAUCAAAAACAAAGCGGAACUU